GAUGUUGUUGUGCGCUGCUGCACUAUGUUUUUUUGCGGUGCACGUGCCCACGCCAGGGUAUCUCGUGCAGUCCUUGCAUUGCCAUUGUGAGAUGCCAUUGUGGGUGUUUAUUGUAGACUGCUGCACAGGACCCUGCGCUGCGGUGUCUGUUCCUCUCUCGCUCUGCUCGCUGUUUCUCCUGGCAAUGUGCAAACGUGUGUGCUCCGUCGCGCUGCCCGGCAGCUGCUCAAAUAGAGGCGCGGAUCUGCCGGUGUGCGCGCCGCUGCAGCAGAUUAUUCCCGCAGCUGUCGCACAUUACCCCCCGCAGCAGCGCACGCCGACUCGCCACCUCCAACUCUUUUUCCUCUCAUUCGCGUUCUUCAUUGUUAUUUUGAUAUAUUUACUUUCUGAACCAGUCAUAAUUUCCAAAGCUGAACCGUUUUUGGGGUGCGCAUCUCCGGUGCUGUGGCGACAGCAGCAGAGGAUGGCUGUCUCACCCCCGCUGUUUUUCAGUUUAACCGAGUAA